UAUUUAAAUAGAAUAUAGUAAAAUUUGAGGAGAACACUAUUUCCUCAAACAUUAAUUAAGCAAUCGCUGUUACAGAUAGAAAAGGGUCAUUGGUUUUCUUACUGAUGAAUCCAUUUAUGAAAUGGAAGAAUCUCAGCUUCGAUCAGGAGAUCAAAGCUCUGUUAAUGUAAAACUGAUGUUGACAGGCUCAAGUGAGGAAGAGUACGGAAGAAACCCAGUUUAUCUUCAUUCUCAAAGUCUGAGUAGAUCGAAGCUUUUUGAACCAGAGAUUUUCGAGGGCUCUUCAUCGAAUAAACCAACUGAAAUAUGCCUAACUGCUCCUCAAAUCUUUGAUCACCAUUUAAAAUGCAUUCAACUCAUGGAUGGCGAGAGUGUGCAUUUCUCGAGCAUUGAGGAAUGUCUGGCGAUUCUGUCAAUUGCUUCUGAAAUGUUGGCUGAUGACAGCAUCAACAAAUGCAUGGAAUAUUUGGAAGCAGUUCGUUGGACUGCUGAGGAAGAGACCCGAAUUCGAAAAGUUCUGUCUUGCAUGGAAUUGGAACUUUUGCCAGAUUUGGCUGCCAGGCUUCAUCAGGAGGACGACAACCAUAUAAUUUUUGUGGAGAAGAGUAUCCAAGAAAUAGUGUCUUUUAUUAAAGAAGGUGAUUACAGUUUAUCCAGUCAAAAAACUGUGGAGAUAUAUUUUGUGAGGCUGUUAGAGGGAAAUACAUCUAGAGAUGUUAUGGAAGUAUGUGGGUGUGUGCUUUUGCAAGAGUUCAAAGCAGCCAUGGAUUCCCGUGAUCUCUCAUCUCUAUUGACUUUGUUUCAACUUAUUCAGCACUGUGAGGGAGAAAUGCUGAAAGCUGCAAUGGAGACAUUUUGUGAAGACGCACAGUUUACAGAGUUUGUAAAGCAGAAGAAAAACUACCAUCCAAAUUUGUUGGGCAUUAAAAAUCCAAAUGUGUUAGAGAUUUUGAUGGGUUUUAUGAGGGCAACAGGAGAUGGGAAGGUUAUAAUUUCAAGAGCUUGUCGAGUUUGUUUUCUGACAACUUGGCUUCCAGUCAUGGGACAACUGUGUCGUGAUGGCAGCCGAGUGCAACUUGGUGAGGUUGAUAAAGCAGUGCUUAAUGUGGUUGAGAGCCUCCCUUCAGUGGACAAGAAACAUAUUUGUGUGGUAUGGGCAGAGGUUUAUAGAUUGAAUAAGAUCAACUUCCCUACGCCAUUUUUACUUUGUUUGAAGAUGUGCAACAUGCCCAUUUCCAAACAUGUAACAAGGUAACAUUAAAGAAAGUGUAAGAAGAUGAAAUACCAUUUAAAAAAUUAGGCUUAGGUGUAGGGUCAAUGCCGCUCUUGAUGCAGAGAAAGGGAACGCAAUAGAACAUGUAUGUACUAUGAAAACAAUCCAUAACAACCAAGAUGAAACCAUCGAGGAUUGGGACACACCAAGUCACAUUCUAGAUCAUCAGGGACAAAUUAACCAUUGCUUACAUUCCAUAAUCAUUUUUGAGGAUGAGAAACCAAUGACGAAUUUGUUCUACUUCUCAAGGAGAUAGUUCAAAUUUCUAGCAUCUUUUGAAUUCCAUGGUAUGAAUCUCUGUAAACUACAAAUACCCAACUUUGUAACAUAAUUGACACAUCGUAUAAUUGCAAGAGAAAGUAGAAGUUAAACUAUACACCUUC